CACUGCCUUCCCGCACGCUAGGAAGGGGAAGAUAUGGGCGCCGAGGAGGACGCCGCUGCACGCCGCGAGCGUCUCCGCGCCCUCCGUGCCGCCAAGGACCUCCUCUCCACCCCCGACGGCGCCCCAACCCCUUCCACCGACGGAGAACACCAAAAUGGCAACCAUGAGAUGGCAGAAGAGCCAGAAUUACCAGGUCAUCAGGAUGCACCUGGUGAGGCUGCUAAAGAGGAUGGUAGCCCCACUGAGGAGGCCGAAGAGGUUGAAGAUGAUGGUGAGCUUCCAGCCAUGAAGUUCAGAAACUACCUUCCCCAUGAUGAACAACUUCGAGGAGGCAAGCUGGCUCCAGUGUCUCUUCCCAAGUUUGAAGACCCAAUUAGUGCCGAAACUGCAGAGCCAAAGGAAGUGGAGAACCUUUUUGGAAACAUAGCACCAAAGAAUCCAAAUUGGGAUCUGAAACGUGAUGUGCAGAAGAGAAUUGAUAAACUGGAAAGGCGCACGCAGAAAGCGUUGGCUGAGAUUGCAUUGGAACAGCAGAGGGAGAAGGAAGCCUUGGAGGAAUCUCAAGAUUGACCGACCUGUAUAAGUGACCAGUGACUCAUGCUGGUUGGUCCCUCGAGCAGACGUCAUUAUCUUAUUUAGAUAAUGUAAUGUACUUUGGGAUGCUCUGUGUAUCUACCAUCUUGGGAUGUACUGAAUUGAGUUUGGGACGUGUAUCUACCUACCAUCUUGUAUUGUCAGCUCAAGGAUGUAGCAAACUAGUAGCAACUUCAAAAAAUGAGAUGUAGCAGUCCUGUUCUGUUAGACGGACCUGGUCAAACUACCGUACUAAAUACAAACAAAGCACACCUUCAUGCUGUGUUGGACUCGGUAUUCUCAGGCAAUGGACGAAUAAUGACUUCUUUUGUUGUGUU